UCCACUCCACCGCCUAAGUAAACUUUUCAAACUCCCACAAAAGAAACUCCCCCUAUAAAAGUCAAUUUGUCUCUUAUUACCGCGUGAAACAAACGCAACUAUCUACGUCCCUUAUAACUGGUGCGUGUUUCUCACGCUCAAGAAUCUCGAGUUAAUCCAGUUCCCGAAUAUUCGGCGUUAUAAUACUUCACGUGCACGGCUCUUAGGUGCACCCCCAAACGCGUAACUUGGUCUACGGUCUCUCACGAACCCACCGUUGUCGUACACCUGUGACGAUUCAAUAAAACGACGAUCGUUUCGUCAAGGAGAGAGAAACAACACAUUUUCUAGAGAGAGAAAGUGAGAGAAAGUUCUAGAUCUGAUCGGAACUCAGGUUUGUAAAACCCUAAGAUUUUGGGGAUUUUUGGAUUGGUGUUCGAAUUACGGUUUUGGAUGUAUGGCUUCGGGGCCUACUGAUGGAGAUAGAGAGAGGAAGAGAUACAGCGAGGGUAAGGUUUACAGAAGGAGAGUUUUCAAAGGCCAAAAGAAAAACCCUAAUUUAAGGGUCACUGUUGCUUCUUCCACCGUAACUACUAAAGACCAAAACACCCCUACUAUUACCGUUACCAAAGACACCGACAAUAACAAUAAUACCCUCACUACUACCGUCAACAACAUCAAUUGUUAUGUAGCCAAAGAUAAUGUUUUGGCUCCACAAUUGGCGGUGUUGGAGGAUGGGAAUUUAGCUCAGGCUGAAGGGGGUUCAAGAUUGGAGGAUGGGAAUACAGCUCAGCUGCAGGAGAGUUCUAGAUUAGAGGACGGAAAUUCAACCCAGAAGCAACCGGAGGACCAGAAUUUGACCGAGGAACAGGUGAGUUCGAGAUCAAGGGAUGGGAAUUCACCCCAACAGCAAUUAGAGGAUCAGAGUUUGGCUCAGCCACAAGCGAGUUCGAGAAUUGGGGAUGGGAGUUCACCCCAGCAGCAGUUGGAGGACGAGAAUUUGGUUCAGCCGCAAGCAAGUUUGAGAACUGGGGAUGGGAGUUCACCCCAGCAGCAGUUGGAGCACGAGAAUUUGGUUCAGCCGCAAGCAAGUUUGAGAACUGGGGAUGGGAGUUCACCCCAGCAGCAGUUGGAGCACGAGAAUUUGGUUCAGCCACAAGAGAGUUUGAGAACAGGGAAUGGGAAUUCUCCCCAGCAGCAAUUUGAGGACCCGAAUUUGGCUCAGCCACCAGAGAGUUCAAGUACAGGGGAUGGGAAUUCACCCCAGCAGCAGUAUGAGAACGGGAAUUCACCCCAGCAGCAAUUUGAGAAUCAGAAUUUGGCUCUGCCACAAGAGAGUUCAAGAAUGGCGGAUGGGGAUUCAGCCCAGCAGCAAUUUGAGAACCAGAAUUUGGCCCAGGCACAUGUGAGUUCAAGAAUGGAGGAUGUGAAUUCACCUCGGACCCAAAACUCAACACAGAAGGAUGGGAAUUUUCCUCAGCCACAGCAAGAUUCAAGACCAGAAGAUGGUAACUCGUCUCAACUAGAAGCGGAUUCUAGAUUUGAAGACAGGAGUUUUCCUCAGCCGGAACUGAAUUCAAAAUUGGAGGAUGGGAGUUUGACUUCUCUGCAGCAAGAUAAUUCAAUAUUGGAAGACGGAAAUUCAUCUCAGCUACAAUUGAAUUUGAGAUUGGAGGAGGGGAGUUCAGUUCAACCACCAGUGAAUUCAACAUUGGGGGAUCAGAAUUUGUCUCAGCCGCUGUCACAACCAGUUUCUGAUGACUUGCACAGCCACAAGCAGGCCGAACCUUCUAACCUUAAUGUUCAGCAGGUGGAUGAUAGACCUUUGAGCCCCAUCCAUAGGCAGGGGGCAAUUUCUGAUGACUUGUACAGCCAUCAGCAGGCUGAACCUUCUAAUCCCGAUGUUCAGCGUGAGGAUGAUGGCCCUUCGAGCCCCAUCCCUAGGCACGGGGCAGUUCCUAGCACUGGAUACCGACAUUCAGCGAAUGUGACUGUGGAGCCAAAUCUGGAGGACCGAAUCAGGAUCAAUUUGGCUACGAAGUCAAAGCAGGAGAAGCAAGAGAUACAGUGGAAGCUUGAAAGUGAGCUUGAUGCAGUGAGAAGUUUGGUCAAGAGAAUUGAAGUUAAACAGGGGCAUGUUGGUGUUUAUGGCAAUUCAAAUGUAGGCUUGGGUGGUGGAAUUGCUAACGGAGGUGGAUCAAAGCGUGCUCACUCAGAGGUAGCAUCUGCUGGUGUUUCGCGACAACCUACCAGGCCUUUGCACCAGUUAAGUUUUCCAAUGUAUCAGAAUAGUCAAGGGGUCCGUGAAACUGUUGAGAAGGAAAAGAGAAUGCCUAAAGCCAACCAGUUUUAUCAUAACUCAGAGUUUCUGCUUGCAAAAGAUAAAUUCCCACCUGCAGAGAGUAACAAGAAGUCAAAAUUGAAUUGGAAGAAGCAAGGUGGUGGAGAAAUGAGUCCCGGGUUUCGAAUGGGAUCCAAGUUUUUCAAGAGCUGUAGUUCAUUGCUUGAAAAAUUGAUGAAACACAAGCAUGGUUGGGUGUUUAACUCUCCUGUAGAUGUUGAGGCUCUUGGUUUGCACGAUUAUUUUACGAUAAUCACUCAUCCAAUGGACUUGGGAACUGUGAAGACUAGGCUGAACAAGAAUUGGUACAAAUCACCGAAGGAAUUUGCAGAGGAUGUGAGACUCACUUUUCAUAAUGCUAUGACAUAUAACCCAAAGGGACAGGAUGUUCAUGUAAUGGCAGAGCAUCUAUCAAAGAUAUUUGAGGACAGGUGGGCUAUAAUAGAGUCAGAUUACAACCGUGAGAUGAGAUUUGGCAUGGAGUAUGGGGCACCUUCACCUUUGUCUAGAAGGGUUCCUGCAUUUACUCCACCGCCGCCUCUUGAUAUGAGACGGGUUUUGGAGAGAUCCGAGUCUUUGGCACGGACUCCAAGAUCUAUGAACAAUACUCCAUCAAGUAGAACUCAAGCUCCAAAAAAGCCAAAGGCAAAGGAUCCAAAUAAAAGAGACAUGACAUUUGAUGAAAAACAAAAACUAAGCACAAACCUCCAGGGUUUACCUCCAGAGAAGCUUGAUGCUAUUGUACAAAUCAUUAAGAGGAGAAAUUUAGAAUUGAAUCAACAUGAUGAUGAAAUUGAAGUGGACAUUGAUAGCGUGGAUGCUGAGACUCUUUGGGAGCUUGAUAGAUUUGUGACCAACUAUAAGAAAAGUUUGAGCAAAAACAAGAGGAGGGCUGAACUUGCUCGAGCUAGAGCAGAAGCUAUGCAGAAUUCCAUCCAGAGGAGCCAGCCACCAGCUAUGGUAGAGAUUCCUAGAGAACCUCAAGCAGGUAAAUCUUUAAUUAGUCUUGGUAUUUCUGUUAUUUAUCUCUGUUAUUUUCUAAUUGAAAUAUCUCCUUUGCCUGUUUCUAUGCAGAUGAAAGAAAUGUUCAGCCAUCCUUGCCUAUUCAAGGGGGAAGCCAAGCAGAUAAUAGGAGUAGAUCAAGUAGUUCAAGCAGCUCAAGCAGUGAUUCUGGGUCUUCUUCAAGUGAUUCCGAUAGUGACAGUUCCUCAGCCUCUGGAUCUGAUGGAGGGUCACAAGGAACCUGAAUAUACUGCUAGGUGUUAGAUGUUUAGAGUAGAAAAUGAUGCGGCGCAUGCCUAGUUUGUUUUUGUAGCUUCCAGAUAAACAGUUGGAUAGUAGCGGAAGCAUUGUGAAGGCUGUCGGCGAUCAUACUGAUGUGUAGUAGUAUGGGAGUUUUUGUUCCCAUUUUGUUGAGACCCUUGACAACACGAAUUCUUGUAUAAUAAUGUUUGGUUGUAGGAUGUGAUGAUAUAUGAAUAGUUAGGUAGGUAGUGUUUUGUAGCAUGUGUACAUUGCUAACUACUGCUGCGCGCAUUGUGUUUCAUUGAUGACAUGUUUAUUUUUUGUGCUGGCAGAUUCAGGAUUUUUGGUGUUAUUAUACAACAAAAGAUAAUAUGAUGUAAUUUUCUAGAUCUUCAAAAUCACAUUCCAUGUAGCUUACAACUGUGAAAAUUCAAGGGAGAAAUUCAAUCUGUGUUA